AUGAUUAUUGUUGAUGAGUUACCAUUUAAGCAUGUGGAAAAACCCGGUUUUAGGCACUUUGUGCAAGUUGCAUGUCCACAAUUUCACAUUCCAUCUCGUGUUACCAUUGCUCGUGAUUGUUUAAAGUUGUAUUAUAGUGAAAAAGAGAAAUUGAGAGAAAUGUUUAAGACAUGUCAAAGAAUUUCUGUGACCACUGAUACUUGGACUUCAAUACAAAGAAUUAAUUAUAUGUGUCUUACAGCUCAUUUCAUUGAUAAUGACUGGAAAUUGAAUAAAAAGAUCAUAAAUUUUUGUCCAAUUUCUAGUCAUAAAGGAGAGGCUAUUGGAAAAGCAGUUGAGGCAUGUUUAGAGUAUUGGGGUAUUGAUGAUAAACUUUUUACUGUCACUGUUGAUAAUGCUUCUUCAAAUGAUGUUGCUUGUGCACACUUGAGUAGAAUGGUUAGAAGCAUGAUAGAACAUGGUGUGUGCAUUGAUAGAGUUAGAAAUGCUGUGAAAUAUGUUAAGAAUUCCCCUGUAAGAAUACUUAGAUUCAAAGAUCUUGUGCAAAAAGCAAACAUAGAUUCAAAAUCUUCUUUAUCCUUUGAUGUCCCCACUCGUUGGAACUCCACAUACAUAAUGUUGGAAACGGCUUUGAAGUUUCGACGUGUUUUUAGUGGGUUAUCUCUUCCUGAUGGAGAGGAUUUGAAUGACAAUGAAAGGCCUCCCGAACCCAAAGAUUGGGAAAAAGUGGAGAGCUAA